CAUGGCGAACAGCGCUCUCUCGUCAGUUAACCGGAACUACAAACAUGUCCCGUCUACGGUUCGUAUCCUCUUAUCGUAUCUUUCAUUGUGCCAUUGUGGUGGUUCGUAUAAACAAAUGAAAUAAUUUAAUUACAGUCUAAUUUUACCGUCUUGUUGUUUUAUACCGUCGUGCGUUUGAUGGUUUCUAUUUGAGCCACACGUUUUCACGUAGGUACCGAUUUCGAGAUUCGGCUGCCAUGGCUAGUAGUAAUAAUAAUAAUAACAAUAAUUUGAAUAACGUGAACGGCGUUAUAACGCCCCCAUCAACGCCUUCACCGAACCCAUUGCAAAUGAAUAUGGCUCGAGAAAGAGAAAAAUACUUGGAAGAGUAUAAUUUUCCCUUUUGCGAGGCCGCAACAAAGUAUGAAAAAUUGGCGAAAAUCGGUCAAGGAACAUUCGGGUAUAUUAAUUCAUUAAUUCAUUACUACCUUUUAUACUAUUGUUCCCAAGUGGCAAGUUUAAAAUUGAGAAAUCAUCAAAGUCACCAAAUGGUCAUAAUAUUUUAUUUUAAACGCCCUUUCAAUGUAAAUUAGAAAUAAUUUUUGAAAAUUAAAUUAAUAUCCGUGUACCUACGUUUUUUGUGUUAGCCGUACAUUUUUCCAUAACCAGUAUCAGUCCAUUUAACCGAAGUAUUAUAGUAUCUACCUACCAAUGAAAAAUAUUUGCCACAUAUCAUAUCUAAUGUUUCACAUUGUCACAAAUACUUGGCUAAACUAUGAUAGACACUUAUUUUAAUACUACUAAUUACCUUUGGUUACCUACUAUUGUUAAAAGAGAAACAUACUUGUAGGUAAAAUAGAUAUGAAAAUCAAUGGGGCGGUACCUAUUUUCAGGUGACAUCAACAAAUUGGUGUUUUAUUUGUUAUCUACAAAUGUGUUGGUUUUGUAAAUUGUAAUUUAUGUACAACAGUCAUAAAAAUCAAUAAUAAUAGUAUUUUAGAUAAAGAUUAGAAAUUUCAUAAGAUUUACCUGUCAAAUAAUUUCUGUAGUAUUGUUGAUUAAUGUUAUAAUAGUUAUCAACUAUACAAAAUGUGUAUUAUAUGAUCUCAUUAGGUAUACUUAACUAUUACUUAUUAAUUAUAAGUAAAACAAUAAUAUAAUACUUUUUUAAUUUGUAGGUACAUACAAAAAUCUUGGUAGGUAAUCUACUACCACCAACUGUUUUCUAUUUUCCUAUUUUGUAUAAUAUAUACCUAAGUAGAAUAUAAUGUUUUAUAAAAUAGUCCUAUAGCCUAGCGCUGAAGUAAAAUUAAGAACCAAAUUUUUACUUCAUGCUAUUAUAAACAAUAUUUUUUUAAAGUAAUACCUAAUCUAUAUAUAUUAGUGUUGAACAAUUAUUUUUAGAUCAAAUAUUGAAAUUUUAAUGAAAUGUACGUAAAAUUCUAAAUAAUCUGUGGAGUAGUUUAGUUUAUCUAAUUAUAUUCAAUACCUGAUUCAAUAUUUCAAAUUAUUUAGAUACAUUUUUGAUAAAAUACAUUUAAGGGUAUACCUAACUUAUAAGGAAUAAAUCUAUUAACAUUCGAUUAGUACAUUUUUAAUUUACAUUACAUUUAAUUACUAUUUUUAUUCAGCUAAUUAAGCGUUUAAAUUUUAACUUUGAUUUUUCAGCGAAGUGUUCAAAGCUCGAGACAAAAAAAAUCUUAAACGGAUGGUUGCUAUGAAGAAAAUUCUUAUGGAAAAUGAAAAAGAAGGAGUAAGGCAAUAUUUAUUCAUAUUCAAUUUAUGUACCAUAAUUUAUAUAUUCAUUAGAGUAAUCAUUCGGAAUUAGGUAUCUAAUAUAAUGCAGUUGUAAUCUAUGAUGAUCAGAAUCUAAAAUUGAUAAUUAUAGGUACCAAAAAUUUAAAUUGCUGAUAUGAGCAAACAUUUAAACAGUCAAUAGUUUUAACACUAAAACAAUAACCAGCAAACUAUUUACUUUCAGUACCUUAUAUUUCAGUGACGUAUUUACACGGAUGAUCAUGGUGAUAGAUCUGCUCACAUGCAUGUUUUUUAUUUAGCAACGAUAUCAAUGUAUCGUGACAUCGAAAUAGAAAUUAAUAAAGUUAUUUACAAACUUACAUUGAGUACAAGGACAUUAGACUGUAUAAUAAUGAAAUAAUUAUUUAAUAAUAAAAAUAAAACGUAAUGGUUAUAUUUUAAUAUUUGCACUAAAAUAUUGUUCAGAUUUGAAAAAAAAAAAAUUCAUGAAAAGUGAAGUGUUUAAUUGUAAGUCGCUAGGUCUGUAAACUGAAAUUUUCAUCAUCCUCCCCCCCCCUCCCCGCCCAUAGAAAAAUAUCCUAAAUAUGUCACUGCCCUCUUUAAUUUUUAAUGUAAAUAAUAACUAAUUAAGUAUACAGUUAUUAUUAUAAUAUUUCAUAUUUGUUUGUAUUGCUUAUUAAUUUUUCAAUUUCAGUUUCCAAUAACUGCUCUGCGAGAAAUAAGAAUAUUACAACUAUUAAAACAUGAUAAUGUUGUAAAUCUAUUGGAAAUCUGUCAAACUAGAGGUAAACAUUUUGGUUUAUUAAUUGUUUAUUUAUUUAUGAUAUUAAUACAUUGUAAAUAUUUUAUAGCUAAUCAGUUUAAUCGUUAUCGUUCGACAUUUUAUUUGGUAUUUGAAUUCUGUGAACAUGAUCUAGCAGGUUUACUGUCUAACACUAAAGUGAAAUUCAGUCUAGGAGAGAUAAAACAAGUUAUUCAACAAAUGCUUAAUGGUCUAUACUACAUACACAGUAAUAAGGUGCUUAUAAUAAUUACAUUUCUAAAAUAUUUAAAAUCAAUGACAAUUUUUUUCUGUGAUGUUAUCAGAUAUUGCAUCGUGACAUGAAAGCGGCAAAUGUACUAAUCACAAAACUUGGAACUUUGAAAUUGGCAGAUUUUGGUUUAGCUCGAGCAUUCAGUGCACAGAAAAAUGGACAACCAAAUAGGUAAAAUUACCUUUUUAAUAACACUUUUAUUUACAUAUUUAUAUUAAAGAGUAAUAUUGUAUACAACUGUUUAUGCUUAUAUGAUUAUUUUAUUUUCCUAUACAAUUGUAUAUCAACAAUAAAUUUAAUUUGUAUGAUAUGAUACAUUUUUAAUUUGAUCUGAUUGACAGAAAAGUUAACAUUUUGCAUAAAUUAGAAUAGCUUAUACAAAUUUAAAAUAAUUAUUGUUGGAUUUAAAACAUAACUUGAUGUAAAUAAUAUAAAUUAUUUAUAAUAAUUAAAAAUAUACAUUAUUUUUUGUAUUAAUAAAACCUUUAUGUUUAGAUAUACUAAUCGCGUAGUAACAUUGUGGUAUCGCCCUCCAGAAUUACUUCUUGGUGAUCGUAACUAUGGACCGCCUGUAGACUUGUGGGGAGCUGGCUGCAUAAUGGCUGAAAUGUGGACUCGUAGUCCAAUUAUGCAAGGAAAUUCAGAACAACAACAAUUGACAUUGAUAUCUCAACUAUGUGGUUCAAUUACGCCGGAUGUAUGGCCCAAAGUAGAAUCAUUGGACCUAUACAACCAAUUAGAAUUAGUCAAAGGACAAAAGCGAAAGGUUUAUAUUUUUUUUAAAUUAAAUUUGUUUUAUUGACUUAACUAAAUAUUGAAAAAUAGGUGAAGGAACGGCUUAAGCCUUAUGUACGUGAUCCGAUGGGUUGUGAUUUAAUUGACAAGUUACUUGUAUUGGACCCAGCCAAAAGAUUUGAUGCUGACUCAGCUUUGAACCAUGACUUUUUCUGGACAGAUCCCAUGCCAUGUGAUCUGUCUAGAAUGUUGUCACAACAAACACAAAGUAAUUUUGAAUAUUUGGCUCCUCGCCGGCUUAAUAACCACCAAUCGUCCUCCAUGCGACCAACCUCAUCCACUUCUAGUCAAAGUUCUUCUACUUCUACUACAUCAGGCUUUCACGAGCGUGUUUUCUAGCGUAAGUGAAUGGCAGCUAAUGUAUGCGGCCAUUUAUAACUAAUGUUACUAAUGUUAAAGUAACUUUUUUUAUUUUUUUAAUAGUUUUCUUAAUUUAUUUUAGAGAAAAUUUGAUUAUUUAAAUAUGAUCUGCAUAGUGUGUAAUAUUAUCUGUUACUAUUAUUAUUAUUGAUUAGUAUCUCUGCUCUAUUAUUAUUAUUUGUGAACAUAGUUCGAAAUAUAAAAAAGUAUUAAUUUUUAAACUAUUUAUUAUAUUUUUACUAUUAGUUAAUAAACUAUUAAUAGUAUUUUAUUUUAAAUUUAUAUUAGACUUUCCAUAUUUGUAGAAUAAAAUCUGUUUUAUUUCAUUAAUAUUGUAUGUUGUAUAAUAUGAAUAUUAUUAAAUAUUCAAGUAAUAUUUAAGUACAAUGUUAUACAGAUAUAUAGAUUUUAAAAGAUAUACAAAUUAUUGUUUUACUUAGUUACUAUCAUGUAUGUUAUAAACAAUCAUAACUUCAAGUUUCAGAAAACAUUGUGUCAGAUAUCUUUUCUAAAAUAUAAGUAAUCUAGUAUUAGAUUGAUUAAAUAUUAAAUUAUCAUUGUACAUUUAAUUUAUAUUUAUAAAUAUCAUAUUACAUAUUAAUUUUAUUCUAUCUUACAUAUUUUUAAGAUAAUUAAGAUAAAUUUUUAAUAUUAAUAAUAAGUUCACAUUUUUUUUAAGCUAUUAAAUUAAAAUUUAUUAUACUCAGAACUCUAGUCAAUAAAAUGUAUUAGAAGCCAUAUUUAUAUAAUCAUAAAUAUUAGUAUGAUUGCAUUUUUGAAGUUUUGAUAUUAAUUAAAUGUUAAUUCUUCAUUGACAUAAUAUUAUAUAUUAUUUAUCAUUAUAUUAAUACAUAUAAAUCUAAGUUUAAGAAAAAGUAAAUGCAUAAAAGUUGUGUGUUUAAGAGUUUUUUAGUCUUAUUAGAUUUAAAUUAUUUAUACUCAGUACUCUAGUCACUAAAAUGUAUUAGAAGCCAUAUUUAUAUAAUCAUAAAUAUUAGUAUGAUUGCAUUUUUAAAGCUUUGAUAUUAAUUAAAUGUUUAUUCUUUAUUGACAUAAUAUUACAUAUUAUUUAUCAUUGUAUUAAUACAAUUAAAUCUAAGUUUAAGAAAAAGUAAAUACAUAAAAGUUUUGUAUUUAAGAUUUUACUAAUUAUACUCAGCAUUCUAGUCUAGAAAGUGUAUCAGAAGCCAUAUCCACCAUAUUCAUAUUAUAAAUAUUAGUAUGUAAUGAAUUUUUGAAAUGUUGAUAUUAAUUAAAUGUAAUUUCUUUAUUGACAUAAUCAUACAUAUUUAACAAUGUAUACUAUCUUAAAUUUAUUUGUUUUUGCAUUGAUAAUAAAAAGUAAUAAUACAUAUUCUAGC